AUGUCAGACCGGCACAUUUUUCCAUCCUCCGAGGGACUUGUUGACAAGUCUCUGAGGGGCUUCAUCUCAUACAACCCCUCCCUCGGUCUCGACCAGUCUAACCGUGUGGUUUUCGACACAACAUACGACAAGUCAAAGAUCAGCAUCAUCUCUGGUGGAGGCUCGGGCCACGAGCCGGCAUGGGCCGGCUACGUGGGCAAUAACAUGCUGGCUGCCUCCGUCUCGGGCGACAUCUUUGCCAGCCCCUCGGCAAAACAGAUUCAGGCCGCCAUUGAGCGUGUGCCAUCAGACGUCGGCACCAUCCUCGUCAUCACCAACUACACUGGCGACUGCCUCCACUUCGGGCUCGCGGCCGAGAAGGCACGGAGCCGCGGCCACAACUGUCGCAUGAUCAUCUGUGGUGAUGAUGUCUCCGUCGGAAAGAAGGGUGGCAGUCUGGUCGGCCGCAGAGGCCUUGCCGGUCAAAUCGGUGUUCUUAAAAUCAUCAGCGGAGCGUCCGGUGCCAGCGCCGGGUCACUCAACGAUAUCCACAAGCUUGGUAUCGCCGUGGAGUCAGAGAUCGUUUCUAUCGCGGCAACGAUGGACCACUGCCAUGUGCCGGGUCGCUCAGAACACGCGCGUCUUGACGCUAACGAGGUGGAGAUUGGUACUGGGCCGCACAACGAGCCUGGUUACAAGAAGGUGACCCCUAGCCCAUCGCCUCAGGCUCUGAUCGACCAGUUGUUGCGGUAUUGCCUGGACCAAAACGACCCGGAUCGAUCGUACGUCAAGUUCAGCCCCAACGACGAGACAAUCCUGCUGGUCAGCAACUUUGGUGGCAUCUCCUACUUGGAGAUGGGCGCCCUGGUCGACGAGCUUCUCGAGCAACUCGACGAGAAGUGGAACAUUCGUCCGUCAAGGGUAUACUCCGGCCCCCUUGAAACCUCGCUCAACGCUCCGGCAUUCUCAGUAUCCCUCAUGAACAUCACAACGGCAGCUGAGAAGUGCUCGUUCUCGGCGGAGCAGAUUCUGCAGUUUGCCGACAUCAAGACCAACACACACUGGGAGUCCAUGGCCGGCUCGCAAGCCAUCAGGCGAGACAGGAAGCAGCAGUUCGUCGUCUCUCCCCCUGAGGAGGCCAGGAAGAUCGAGGCGAGCAGGGACGUGAGGAUGGACCCCGCGACUCUCAAGUCCAUGUUGCGCAUGGCGUGUGAGGCCGUCAUCGAGGCCGAGCCCGACCUUACGAAGUGGGACAUGGUCAUGGGAGACGGAGACUGCGGCGAGACUUUGAAGACGGGUGCAUCGCACCUUCUGGAGGCUCUGGAACACAAGGGAAUCGCUUCCGAAGGCUCCAUCGUCGCUGUUCUUCACGAGCUGGAAGACAUUGUGGAGAGCAAGAUGGGUGGGACUCUGGGUGGCAUUCUGGGCAUCUUCUUCGUCUCGCUCAGCAACUCUGUCCAGGAGAACGCCCAACUCGCCAAGUCUCAGAACUUCUUGUCCCUCUGGACCCUGGCCCUCACAUCCGCCUUGGAGCACCUGAGCCACUACACGCCCGCCAAGAUCGGAGACCGCACGAUUCUCGACGUGCUUAUCCCCUUUGUCUCGGCUAUCCGCGACGGAGGAUUCGAACAGGCAGUCGAGGCGGCGGUCCAGGGCGCCGAGUACACAAGAAAGACAAAGGCGAAGCUUGGCCGGGCGACGUACGUCGCGGUCUCGGAGAAGGACACCACAUUCCACCCCGACCCUGGUGCUUGGGGCGCGAUGGUAGCCAUCAAGGGCUUGCAGUCGGGCAUGGCAUGA